AUAUGAUGCGACUGCUAAAAGAUGAGGUCUGUCUAUCUAUCCAUCUCUGUAUGAGGUCGGCGACUCUUAACCUUCGGGCACACAGAAAUGGAGAGCUCAUCGAAGCUGGCACAGGACUACACCCGGGAUGGCUCGGUGGAUCUCAAAGGCAACCCUGUGUCGAGGUCUCAGAGAGGUGGAUGGUUUGCUUGCUACUUCAUCGUCGUGUACGACGCUGUGGAGAGGAUGGCGUACCAGGGGAUAUCAUCCAACCUGGUACUGUACCUUACCAGGAAUCUGCACCAAGGCACGCUGACCGCCGCCAACAAUGUCACGUACUGGGUGGGAACUGGAUACUUGAUGCCCGUUCUGGGCGCUUAUGUCGCGGACGCACAUCUCGGACGAUACUGGACCUUCGUCCUCUCCUCGGCCAUCUAUUUCCUGGGAAUGUGCCUGCUAACGUUGGCCGUCUCCUUGCCAUCGUUAAGACCGCCUCCUUGCACUCACCAGGGCGACGCUCCCAAGUGUUCGCCGGCCUCGGUGCUGCAGGUGGGUGUCUUCCUCGAUGCACUCUACGUGGUCGCAUUUGGAUCUGGAGGAACCAAGCCCAACAUCUCCACCAUCGGCGCCGACCAGUUCGAUGAAUUCGACCCCCGGGAGAGGGCUCACAAGAUCUCCUUCUUCAACUGGUGGUUCUUCAGCUCCUUCCUCGGAACCCUCUUCGCAGGCAUCGUCUUGGUGUUCAUCCAGGACAACGUGGGCUGGCCCUUGGGAUAUGGAAUCCCCACCAUCGCCCUCCUCCUCUCCGUCUCCAUCUUCUUGUCCGGCACUCGUUUCUACCGGCAUAAGGUUCCUCAGGGCAGCCCGCUCACCAGGAUGGCAAGAGUCAUCGUGGCCGCCAUCAGAAAAUGGAAUCUCCCCCUCCCCAAGAGUGCAGCAGAGCUCCAUGAACUGGAUCCCGAGGAGUACAUGAGGAAGGGACAGUUUAGGAUCCUUCCUUCGGAUUCCUUGAGGCUUCUCAACAAAGCAGCGGUGAGAGUUGGCUCAACGUCGACGCCAUGGAUGCUGACCACUGUCACCGAAGUCGAGGAAACCAAACAGAUGCUGCGGAUGAUCCCGAUUUGGGUCGCGUGCUUCGUUCCAUCCACCGUAGUCGCCCAGGUGAACACUCUGUUCGUGAAGCAGGGCACCACCCUGGACCGCCGAAUCAAUGUAGGUCGUCACCAUCUCCAAAUCCCUCCUGCCACCCUCGUGUCGUUCGUGACCGUCUCCAUGCUCGUAUCCGUCGUCGUCUACGACCGCUACUUCGUCAAGAUCAUGAGGAGUUGGACCAACAACCCCAGAGGAAUAACUCUGCUUCAGCGAAUCGGAACGGGCUUCCUCCUCCACAUCAUCACCAUGUUGGUCGCGUCUCUCACCGAGAGCAGACAACUACGGGCGGCCAGAGACGACGUUCGGCUCACCAUCUUCGGACUGAUUCCUCAGUUCGUUCUCAUGGGAGUAGCUGAUUGUUUCAUGGUGGUGGGGAUGGUGGAGUUCUUCUACAGCCAAGCGCCUGAGAGCAUGAAGAGUUUGGGGACUUCCUACUCGUUUGCCACCUAUGGCGUCGGCAACAUUCUCAGCAGCCUUCUGCUCAUGGCCGUCUCUGACAUUACCAAGAGGAAUGGCAGGGAGGGAUGGAUCUCGAACAACCUCAAUUCAUCGCAUCUGGAUUACUACUAUGCAUUGCUGGGAGUCCUCGGUUUCAUCAACUUCGUCUUCUUCGUCUACGUCAGUAGGGCGUACGUGUACAAGGCCGAGGUGUACGAACAACAGGUGGAGGCAUCGACGGAGGAGCAUCGUGCAGCAUGAAGACUCCACCGUGCAUGUCAAGAGUCGGCUACCGUCGUGUACACAAAGCAGGAAUGAAUAGGAAGAUUAAUCAAUGGACACGU